GCAAGUUUCGAAUCAGAUAAGGCUCUCAACCAGAAUUGUAAUAUUGUUUGUGUUUGUGUUGGUGUGUAGUGAGGUGAAGGAGGGUGGGGUCUGCCUAUGACUGACUUCACCCCCCGGGAGGUGCCGGCGGCUGUGCAGCCUAUAGUCAGCAGGAGGUGGACGGGUUGCUUGCUCUCGCUGUGUAGACAGGUCAGGUUUCACACUGAGCAGGUUUCCCGGGCUGAGCAAAAACGGUUUGAGUGGAAUUGGAGUUCGGAGAGAUAAGAGUCCGAUUACAGAGGAUUUAAACCCAACAGCGUCAAAAUGUCGGGACGAAUGUACGACAGCCCACCUCCUUACCACUCCGGCAGUGAAUACAACCAUGGUUCAGUCUACGCACCCAGCAAGGAUCUAUAUGAUGGCGAGAUACGAUCCCAGCCUGCUGGCUCUUAUUAUCCAGAUGAAACACAGUACUUCUACAAAUGGACUUCCCCUCCAGGAAUUAUCAAAAUUUUAGCAAUUAUUAUCAUUGUGAUGAGCGUCGGAAUCUUUGCAUGUGUGGCAUCGACCUUACCCUGGGACAUGGACUAUUAUGGAGGAGGGAUGGGGGUAGGAAACGGAAUGGGAUAUGGAGGCUAUGGAGGAUAUGGGGGUGUUGGUACAGGCUAUGGAUCUGGUACAGGCUAUGGGUAUGGAGGUGGAGUUGGAGCAUAUGGAUAUGGAGGUGGCUACACUGAUCCGCGUGCUGCCAAAGGCUUCAUGAUUGCACUAGCUGCUGUCAGUUUUAUAGCACUCUUGGUUGUCUUUAUUAUACUCGUUUCUAGGGCCAGCUUUUCAAAAACAAGGAAGUUCUAUUUAAUUCUGAUGAUUUUGUGUGCAGUCGUUGGCUUUAUAAUGUUCGUGGCUACGAUAGUUUACAUCAUGGGAGUAAAUCCAACCGCACAGGCUGCUGGAUCAGUGUUCUACAAUCAGUUACUGACUCUCUGCAACCAGUUCUACAUCCCAUCCACCACUGGUGUCUUCACAAAUCAAUAUCUCUAUCACUACUGCGUAGUAGAACCACAAGAGGCCCUUGCAAUUGUGAUGGGAUUCCUGAUUAUAAUAGCUUUAGGAUUGAUCAUCUUCUUUGCCUAUAAAACACGAAGCAAGAUCACGAGAUAUGGUAAAGGGAACAUUCUGUGGGAGAAGGAUCGUAUGAAUUAUGAGUCACCACCUAAUGUUGAAGAAUGGGUGAACAAUGUGUCUGGGGUUCCUGAAGAAUUAGUAGAAGAAGGAUACCCUUAUAAACCUAAUGGUUCACUGAAUGGUGCAAACUAUGAGCCCAAUGGAGAUACAAGGGCCUGGUCUGAUAAUGUCCGACCAGCACAUGUCCCUGAAGUUUCAGUUCCGCUCAUGCAUGAGCAGCCAGGUCAACAUUCAUCAAGCAGAGAGUCGGAUGAAAGUAAACCAUCACGAAGGAGGCCGCCUAGGAAGAGGAGGCCAGGAAGAGCAAAAAGACCAGAGAAUGAGGACUGUGACACAGACUACACAACUGGAGCAGAAUCCUGUGAUGAACUGGAUGAAGAUGAUUUGGAAAGUCAAUACCCACCUAUCACUUCAGACCAACAGAGACAAGAUUACAAGAGGGAGUUUGACAAUGAUCAUCAGCAGUACAAACGCUUACAGGCUGAAAUUGAUGACGUUAACAAGCAGUUUUCCCAGUUGGACAAGGAGAUUGAUGAAACUGAGGAUGAUGAGCAGUACCAGAUCGUUGCUGCUGAAUAUAAUAGACUGAAAGAAGUGAAGAAUUCUGCUGAUUUUAGGGCAAAGAAGAAGCAAUGCAAGCAACUUAAGUUGAAGUUGUCUCACAUCAAGCUAAUGGUCAGCAACUAUGAUAACCAAAGAUCCUGAAUGUCAAUUUCUGAAGCUACUGUCAAUUACUUCAUGCAAAAUUAAAGCUGAACAUUCAUUUCCUGAAAGUGUAGCCAUUUAUUGUAUCACAUGAAAUAUAAUGCCAAUUUUAUGGGCCAAAACUAAACCUAAUGACAUGGUUUCAAAUAUUUUCCUAUGUUUCAAACACUUUUACUGAGGCACAAUGAGAGUUUUUAAAGUUGGAACUUGAUAAACCUGUGCCAUAAUUUUGUUUUGUUGUAAGAAAUUUUAAUGUGAGUUGUAAAUAAGGAUAAAUGUUCUCCUUUUGUAAAAGCUUUUGAAAUGAUUCUUGAUACUUAGUUUUACUAAAGCUUUGUAUAUUGGCUUAAAUAGAACAAGUUAUAUUUGGAUGUUCAUUUGUUAUAUGCUGUGCAAUGAUUGAUUAUUUCUUUUUGAGGGAUUUGUCUUAAUAAUUAGGACUUGCUCUCUAACCAGAUAUCUAUUGCUAUUUAUACAUCAAAAUAGCAUUAAUAUUGGAAUUAAAUAUGCUGAAUUUGGAAAAGUGACAUUACCAGUAAUGCAUCAAACAAGCUGUUCAUUUGGGUCAUUGAAAGUUGAAGCACAGUUAUGGUUUUACAUGUAUUUUUAAAAUCCAUGAUAAUGUUGAUGGUCAUAUGUAAAAAUGCUUUAAUUUAUAUUUUAAUACAGGAUAAUGAUUCAGGGUCUUUUUUGCAAUUAUAAGUAGGAGACAGAUACUGAUGUCACAGCUCUAGUGUUUUUGUUUUGGAAAAUAGCCUAAUUACAUUGUACCUUCUUCAUGUUAAAUAACUGCAAGCAAAUAAAGCUGAAAUAUGAAUGCAA